AUGAAGGAAGUUUCGACUGUAUCUGUAUGCUCUCGUACGUGUACCCAUUCAGCGGCGUCGCAACCGCCAACACCUCACCUCAGCUGGUCUCCCUCGCCCUCGCCAUCAAUCAUUGGUUCUCCUCGCCGUUCACGAUCCGUGCUGUCCUUAGUCAACACAUCCAACACUAAUCUUCCUUCGGCGUCUGAAGUACCUCCUACGCCAACUCAGAGUUCUACUUUUGGACGACGUCGAAAGAUUGUUGAUGAGGAUGACCUGGCCACCAAUCAGGUUUAUGGUGGACCAGCAAAAGAUCGUCUGCUUCUAGCUCCCGGAGAGCUGGCAGAAGAAAUUCGUGGCUUUCAAGACGAGUUUGGACCUGGAUGUGGUAGGCUGGUUUGUCGCAAAUGUUGUUAUGAAGAUGUUCCCAGGUAA